GUCGCUGCCGUCAGGUACAUUGCAAACACACAAUGAGACAGCAGACAUGGUCGGCAGUGCUCAAGACAGCCGGGGCGCAAGACAAGAGCCAUAGCAGCCAAUGUACAUUACUUCACAUGGAUGAAUAUGGUGCCGAGGCUGACCUCAUCGCUCUUGCCGUCGCGAUCGCCGCUCACAGCAUUUGUCUCCCGUUCGUAUCUCCUUUACCAUCUCAACCUAGCUUUUUUGACUCAUCGCAUCAUCCACCUGCAUCAUGCUUGCUCUGAAGUGCAUGCUAUCCUUUGCUGCUGCCACGGUUCUGUGCUUGACGGCAGUCACGGGGCAAUUCGACCAAGUUGGUACCUGCUUUGAGGACACUGGAUGUUCACGGAAGCCUACCCCCAUCAGCGGCAACUAUAGCAGCAUCAUCUACAUCGUGAAAACAGCGUGCGACUCUUUCAAGGCCGAAAUUGACCUCGGACGCGUCUGCCAUACAUCGGCAAAGUGCUUCACGUGUCAGGCUGUCGAGUAUGUCUCUCAGUGCAUCACAAAGGGACCUUACUACACUUGGUGUCCCUAGGCGGGUAGCGCUCGACGUUGACGACGAGCGCCUCGCCAGCCGCCUAGCUUGCUACUACUGGCCACGACUUAGUACGAGCGGGAGCAGACGGGAUGCAGCGUACCAAUCUGACUAUGAC